CAAACACAUCCAGCUUCCAUCCAUCCGUCACCACUGGGGAGGAAAACAAGGAGGGAUCACCGGGAUUGCUUUAUCUGCCACGUCCGUUUCAGCACGCGUGAUUUAUUCACAUUACCAAUAACAACAACAACAAACCACCGUUUGACAGAGACAUCGCCAAGAGGACGCUCGAGAUACCCGGAGGAAGACGGUAUGGGGGGACACACGGCGGCGUUUUUUCUCCUACUUGCGGCGACCUUGACACUCUCAUCCGAGGUGCCUGCUGAUGACUCGGCGGGUUUGCUAACCGAGCCGCAGGUGGCCAUGUUUUGCGGCAAGCUCAACAUGCACAUCAAUGUGCAGACUGGCAAGUGGGAGUCGGAUCCCUCUGGUUCUAAGAGCUGCGUCGGCACCAAGGAGGGCAUCCUGCAGUAUUGCCAAGAGGUGUACCCAGAGCUUCAGGUCACCAACGUAGUGGAGGCCAACCAGCCCGUCAGCAUCCAGAACUGGUGCAAGAAAGGCCGCAAGCAGUGCCGCAGUCACCCACUCAUUGUGGUGCCUUACCGCUGCUUGGUGGGGGAGUUUGUGAGCGACGCCCUUUUGGUUCCGGAUAAGUGUAAGUUCCUGCACAAGGAGCGUAUGGACCAGUGUGAGAGCCAUCUGCAUUGGCACACAUUUGCUAAAGAGUCUUGUGCGGACCGCUCCACGAAUCUCCAUGACUACGGGAUGCUAUGGCCGUGUGACAUCGACCGUUUCCGAGGUGUGGAAUUCGUGUGCUGCCCCGCUGAGGCCGAGCAGGAGUCGGAUAGCGCGGCGCUGGACGGGGAAGAGUCGGACGUGUGGUGGGGCGGAUCUGAGCCGAACGAGAACAACGAUAACAGCAUGACUCAGCAUGUCGACACGGAGCCCACCGCUGCAGAGGAUGACGAGGAGGAGGUGGGUGAUGAAGAUACUUUUGAAAGGAAUGGCGAAGAGGAGGAUGAGGAGGAGGAAGAAGAAGAAGACGACGACGACGACUUGACCAAUGAGCAGGAUAGCGAUGAGCGCAAUGCGAACGUUGCCAUGACAACAACUACCACCACUGAAUCCAUUGAGGAGGUUGUGAGAGCCGUUUGUUGGGCACGUGCCGCAAAAGGCACUUGUGGUGCCAAGCUGGAGCGUUGGCACUUCGUGCCCAAAACGGGACGCUGUGCCCCCUUCUUGUUUGGGGGCUGCGGGGGCAACAGGAAUAACUUUGAUUCCGAGGAAUACUGCUUAGCCGUCUGCAGCAGCUCCUUACCCACCAUGAUGCCCAGUGCUCCUGACGCUGUGGAUCAAUACCUGGAGUCUCCAGGUGACGACAGCGAGCACGGCGACUUCCAGAAAGCCAAGGAAAGCCUGGAAGCCAAGCACAGGGAGAAGAUGUCGCAGGUGAUGAGGGAGUGGGAGGAGGCUGAGAGGAAGGCUAAAAACCUGCCACGUGCUGACAAAAAAGCAGUCAUUCAGCACUUCCAGGAUAAGGUGGAGGCUCUGGAGCACGAGGCUGCCGGAGAGAGGCAGCAGCUGGUGGAGACCCACAUGGCCCGCGUGGAAGCUCUGGUCAACAGCCGCCGACGCAUGGCUCUGGAAAAUUACCUCAGCGCACUGCAGGGAAACCCUCCACGGCCUCGUCAGGUGCUGAGCCUGCUGAAGAAGUACGUCCGGGCCGAGCAGAAGGACCGUCAGCACACAGUCAAACAUUACGAGCACGUCCGAACGGUUGACCCCAAGAAGGCUGCGCAGAUUCGGCCUCAGGUUUUGACCCACCUGCGUGUGAUUGACGAGAGGAUGAACCAGUCCCUGGGUUUGCUCUACAAAGUGCCCGCUGUGGCCAACGAGAUACACAACCAAGUCUCUGUCAUCGUGCAGAGAGUCCAAUCCGAGCUGUCUCAGCAGGUCUCUUCCUUGCAGAGUGACACCAGGGUGGACAGGAUGAGCUACGGGAACGACGCCCUCAUGCCAGACCAGGCCUACAGCUUCGCUCCUAUGGACCCAGGCCUCGACAGGCUGGGCUUCAUCCACCCUGAGAGCUUCAACCAGCCCAACACUGAGAACCACGUUGAGCCUGUCGAUGCUCGCCCAGUUCCAGAUAGAGGACUACCCACACACCCUGGGUCUGCUCUAAAGCCAGAAGAGAUGCCCCAAGUGCGACUGGAGACCAAGGAGAGGCAAAGUGCUGGCUAUGAAGUCCACCAUCAAAAACUGGUAUUUUUUGCUGAGGAUGUGGGCUCCAAUAAAGGUGCCAUCAUCGGGCUGAUGGUGGGAGGUGUUGUCAUAGCGACCGUCAUUGUCAUCACCCUGGUGAUGCUGAGGAAGAAGCAAUACACUUCAAUUCAUCACGGCGUCAUCGAGGUGGAUGCGGCGGUCACCCCAGAGGAGCGUCACCUGGCCAAGAUGCAGCAGAACGGCUACGAGAACCCCACCUACAAAUUCUUCGAGCAGAUCCACAACUAAACAAAAACCAACCACCCCGCAGGCUCUGUUCCCGUCUUGCUUCUCUCCACCCUUCUGUUUGUUUUCAAACGUUUGACCUGGAUGAAUCGCCGUGGUUUUAAAGUGAAGGAGCUGCGGGACAGAGCCGUGCGGAUCCCCCAGUUGCACAACGUAUACUAACACUAAUUUCGGCAGACAAGGGUUACUCCGCGUCACCUGCACAUCUUAGCCACACCUGAACCCUUGCACAACUCCUUGACUGACUAUAGAUAUAUAUACAUAGAGAAAGAAAUAUAUGAAGAAAAUCGUGUCAUUACAGCACUAUCCGCUAAAUAUUUCAACAUUGUUAAAAAACUAAAGAAAAACAAACAUAAGAAUGAAUACUGGCGGGGUUUUUUUCAAGUGUAACAUACGAAGAAGGCGAUUAGCUGUAAAGUCGAUGUCGUGCAUGGCGGAUACAGUUAGCAUACAAGAACUCUGAGAUCAGGGGCGUCCAACGUUGUGAUGAACUGAAGUGCUGCUACCUCGGGUUUCAUUAUCAGGCUGUUCCUGGACACUGUUGUAUGAAAAGCCAAGCUAUUUCUUACAUAGGAAAUCUGUUUUAGACACCCAAACACAAGACUUUUUCAAAAGAACAAUGAUCAUUUUACACACGGACAACACUUUUUCAAAAGAAUAAUUAUGAAUUUACACACGGACGGUACUUGUUCAAAAGAAAAAUUAACAUUUUACACACGGACAUGACUUUUUCAAAAGAAUAACUAGGAAUUUACACACAGACAAGACUUUUUCUAAAUAAUAAUUAUUAAUUUACACACUUGCAAGACUUUUUCAAAAUAAUAAUGAUCACAUUACACACGAACAAGACUUUUUCAAAAUAUAAAUGAUCAAUUUACACACGGACAAGACUUUCUUGAAAGAAUAAUGAUCAUUUUACACACGGACAAGACUUUUUCAAAAGAAUAAUGAUCAUUUUACACACGGACACGACUUUUUCAGAAGAAUAAUUAUUAAUUUACAGACGGACAAGACUUUUUCAAAAUAAAAAUGAUUAAUUUAUCCACUGACAAGACUUUUUCUAAAUAAAAAUUAUCACUUUAAACAUGGACAAGACUUUUUCAAAAUAAAAAUGAUCAUUUUACACACGGACAAGACUUUUUCAAAAGAAUAAUUAUUAAUUUACACACGGACAAUAGUUUUUAAAAAGAAUAAUGAUCAUUUUACACACGGACAAGACUUUUUCAAAAUAAAAAUGAUCAAUUUACAAACGGAUAAGACUUUUUCAAAAGAAAAAUUAUUAUUUUACACACGGACAAGACUUUUUCAAAAGAAUAAUUAUUAAUUUACACAAAGACAAUACCUUUUCAAAAGAAUAAUGAUCAUUUUACACACGGACUAGACUUUCAAAAUAAUAAUUAUCAAUUUACACACCGACAAGACUUUUUCAAAAUAAAAAUUAUGAAUUUACACACAGAAAAAUACUUGUUCAAAAGAUUAAUAAUCAUUUUACAGACGGACAAGACUUUUUCAAAUGAAAAAUUAUUAUUUUACACACAGACAAUACUUUUUCAAAAGAAUAAUGAUUAUAUUACACACGGGCAAGACUUUUUCAAAAGAAUUAUCAUCAAUUUACACACGGAAAACACUACAAAAUGCAUAUGAAUAACGAACGAAAUGAAGAAUUUAAGCAUUUAACAUCACUUUGACCUUUUCACUAAGGACUCUUGACAGGAAUGAAGAAGCCCUUGGAUUGUAUAGCUAGACUUACGUAACAGUGUGGUGCGUUCACAGACAAUGUGAAAACACGGUCUCUUGUUGACUUUAAUUAAACCGCAACUUUUUUUGGGGGGGCUCUGUAGUGGCCUAUUUUGCAGCUGUACUCAGUUAAAACAAGCGGCUCGUCAAUGCGGGUUUAACUGUACUAAAACCAGGAUAUAUUUUCGGUGAAAAUUAUCGCUGAAAACCGAUGUAUCUAUUGACAACCUGAUAUUUUGUGUCAAUGUUGACAAGCAUCAAAAUUCCGCACCACCGCCCUAAUGUCGGUAUUAUUUUUCUUAUUCCAGCUUUUCUUUGACGGGUUUUUUCCUCCUACAUUUUUCAACCAAUUCAUAUUGAUAAGAGACCAACAUUUUCCGCUAAUUCCAAACACGUUAAAGUUAGCAAGCUAACUUGUAUAGCUAUUUUUUGCUGGUAGACACCUCAAAAGAGUCAUAGACUUUUUGGUACUUGAUGCAUGUUAACUGUUAGCAUGUUUGCUAUUUCAGUUAAUUUUUCAGGCACACACAUCAGUCAUAUAAUUUAAUACUCGACACAUGCUAACUGUUAGAAUGCUAGAAUGAGCAGGUUUGCUUUUUUCCCAGCAAAUUUCACAGUUAUAGAUCCCAGCCACUUCCAAAGACAUGCACCUGGGGAUAGGUUGAUUGGCAACACUAAAUUGGCCCUAGUGUGUGAAUGUGAGUGUGAAUGUUGUCUGUCUAUCUGUGUUGGCCCUGCGAUGAGGUGGCGACUUGUCCAGGGUGUACCCCGCCUUCCGCCCGAUUGUAGCUGAGAUAGGCGCCAGCGCCCCCCGCGACCCCGAAAGGGAAUAAGCGGUAGGAAAUGGAUGGAUGGAUAGAUCCCAGCGUUCUAAGUUGAUAUUUGACACAUGCUAACUGUUAGCAUAUUAGCUUUUUCAGGUAAUUUUGCAGGCACACAUAUCAGUUAUAUAAUUUAAUACUUGACACAUGUUGUCUGUUAGAAUGCUAAAAUGAACAUGUUAGCUUUUUUCCAGCAUAUUUCAGUUACACAUCUCAGAGUCAUAAUUUGAUAUUUGACACACGCUGUUAGCAUUUUUAGUUAAUUCUGCAGGCACGCAUAUCAGUCAUAUAUUUUAAUACUUGACACAUGCUAACUGUUAAAUAAACUGCUUAAAAUGAGCAUGUUAGUUUUUUCCAGAAAACUUCACAAUUUUACAUCUGAUAGUCAUAAUUUGAUAUUUGACACAUGCUAACUGUUAGCAAGUUAGUUUAAUUUUGCAGGCACACACAUCAGUCAUACAAUGUAUUACUAGACACAUGCUAACUGUUAGAAUGAUAAAAUGAACAUGUUAGCUUUUUUCCAGAAAAUUUCAGUUAUACAUCUGAGAGUCAUAAUUUGAUUUUUGACACAUGCUAACUGGUAGCAUGUUAGUUUUUUUAAAGCCAAUUUUGCAUACAUUUGCCUAGGAGUCAUAUAAUUCGGUGCUUGAUGGAUGCUAACUGUUGGCACGCUAAUGUUGGAAUCCUAAAUUUUUUCGCUUGUUUUGCUGAUAGGCGAUUUAGUGUGGUAUAUUUUGUCAAAUGUUGCUAUCUGGCCACCGUGCUACCAAUCCAUGUUGGGCUUUUUAGCAUUUACAUGCAAUUCCUUCCGACAUUCCAUAUUGUAGUUACUGAAUGAGUUGCUGGCGCCAGCAUUCUGCAUAAAAUCACAUCAUCGUCAAAAUAAGGUAACAAAGAAAAUUUGCGCUAUAUCUAGUAACAUAACUCCUUGAUAGUUUAAAUCAUUGUAUUUUCUUUUACAAAUGUGCUGAGGGCCAACAAGCAAAGCACGAAAAAUGGUCUGCACUUUGGACCCCCCUGUCUAGGACAUUUUGUCAGGAUUGUACAUUUCUAGUGUCUUCUUUGUGACCUCGCGUGAUAUGAAGGAAGAAAAAUACUCGCUUUAAACCGCUCUUUUAUUUUUAAUUUCUUAAAAGAUCUCCAUGCUUCACUGUUGCUUUAGCUGCAUGGGCAAAGAAUACAAAUACUCUAUGUAAUAUAUGACGUUGUAUUAGUAUCCGAAAGGAAGAUGAUUGUGUUAUACUGUUUGCGUUUUAUGCACUCCUGUCUUUUUUUUGUGUGUGUGUGGGAGGGGGGGAGGGGGGGGGAGAAACAUCACCAAAAAAAAUGGUUCGUUGUAAUGUUGGAAAAAUACAUUUUGGGCCAAUGGAGGGGGACUAAAUUGAGAAAAUCCUUACAGAUCAAUCUUUCCAUUUGCUGUUAUUGAUUGUUGGGGUCUCAGUGGCCCUUUUCCCAUCUUUUAUCAUCAUUCAGUACAACAGUGGAACCUCCAAAGAAAUCAACCAAUUUUGAGAAUUUUUUUUCCUCCCCCAUCAAACCUAAUUGUCAGUUCCAGGGUCAAACUGGUCAUGAAAAUAAAUGUCAUUGUAGUGCAAAAAUAAGUGAACCAUUGCAUAGUAAAACUAAGCACGGUCAAAUAAAUACUCCCUUAUGGACAAUUAUCAUGCAAGUUGGCCAUUGUGCUUCCAAGCUGCAUGGAAUAUUUCAUCACAUUAAUUAUAGACCCAGCUAUAAGACAACCUUGAAUAUUGGACAUGUCUUUUCAAGACUUCUUUCCUAAAUAACUGGAAGAUUGCAAUACUUUAAAAAUAUAUAUAUAAAUAGUCGACAGUUGUAAUAUUGAGAAGACGACUCAUCUGUUGGUUUGCAAUGUUUAUUCUUCAGACAUUGAAGAUAAGGCAACCUGUGUUUUCAGUUCCUUCAAGCCAAUGAUGUGAUUGUAUUGAUCAUGUUGAUUUUCUCAUUCUGUGGUUAUCGCCUAGCUUUGGAAGUUCCACUGAAUUAGGAUUUUUUUUUUCUUAAUUUCCCCCUUUCUACGUUUUUGUUUCUUCAUCCCAUUGUAAGUAAGCAAGCGUCCAUCAUCUUGUCCCCUCUGUCUUCAGUGUAUGACUACAACACACAUAUCAUAUCACCACAUUGACAUGUCAAUUAAAGCUCUUAUUCAGGUAAAUGUUUCAUUCAAGAAAAUAUAUAUAUAUAUUUCCCUCAUUUCGCUGUGUAGUCAAAUGAAAUUUGCUUUAAAAAAAAGUUUCUACUUCUACAAUAUCAUGAAUAAAAUUUUGAAUGUA